AUGAAGUUCGGUCAGCAACUGCAGAGCUCCUUGAUCAAGGACUGGUACUACUACUACAUCUCCUACGACGAGCUCAAGAGACUCCUCCAGCCCGAACUCCAGUCAAAGCCCACGGCCGACAACGCCCACCCGCCGUCCAAGACAUGGACCGACGAACACGAAACCCGCUUCUACAGCGAGCUUGAGGCCGAGCUUGACAAAGUGUCCAACUUCCAGCAGGUCAAGAGUGGCGAGAUCCAGCGUCGCAUCAAGAUCAGUGAGCGCGAGGUCACCGAGGUCAUUUCCCGCGCAAAGGCUGCUCAGCAACAAGGGGAGAAUGAGCAACGGCACACAGAGGCUCCCAGCGAGGAGGACUUUGGCAUGCUGGAGGAGGACCUGUCCGACAUCAUCGCCGACGUGCACGACUUGGCCAAGUUCACCCAGCUCAACUACACCGGCUUCCAGAAGAUCAUCAAGAAGCACGACAAGCUGUACCCCGACCAGCAGCUGAAGCCCCUCUUUGCUGCUCGCCUCAAUGCUAAGCCCUUCUUCAAAGACAACUACGACCAGUCCAUCGUCGGUCUGUCGCAACUCUACGACCAAGUCCGCACUCGUGGCAACCCGACCCAGGGUGACUCGUCCGCCGGUGGUAGCCAGCAGAACUUCGUCCGCCAAACCACUAAAUACUGGGUCCACCCCGACAACAUCACCGAGCUCAAGCUCAUCAUCCUCAAGCAUCUGCCCGUCCUCGUCUUCAACCCGAGCAAAGAGUUUGAGAUCAAGGACUCUGCCAUCUCGUCCAUCUACUACGACAACACCGACACUUGGGAAUUGUAUGAAGGCCGUCUUAAGAAGACCGAGGGCGCAGAGGCUAUUCGUCUCAGAUGGUACGGCGACAUGAACGUCGACACCAUCUUUGUUGAGCGCAAGACACACAGAGAAGACUGGACCGGUGAGAAAUCCGUCAAGGCUCGAUUCGCGCUCAAGGAGAAGCACGUCAAUGCCUUCAUGCGUGGAGACUACACUGUCGAGCAAGCCUUCGAGAAGAUGCGCCGUGACGGCAAGAAGAGCGAAAAAGAGAUUGCCGACCUCGAGCAGCUCGCCAGAGAGGUCCAAUACCGUGUCAUUGCCCGCAAGCUGGAACCCGUCACCCGUUCAUUCUACAACCGCACCGCCUUCCAGCUGCCUGGAGAUGCCCGCGUCCGUGUUUCGCUCGACACCGAGUUGACCAUGACUCGUGAAGACAACCUUGAUGGACGUCAACGUGCCGGCAAGAACUGGCGCCGUAUGGACAUUGGCAUUGACUGGCCAUUCAGCCAGCUGCCUGCAGAAGAUGCCGAGCGCUUCCCGUACGCUGUUCUCGAGGUCAAGCUGCAAACCCAAGCCGGUCAGCAGCCCCCUGAGUGGAUUCGUGAGCUCGUCGCUUCUCACUUGGUAGAAGCAGUACCCAAAUUCUCAAAGUUCAUCCAUGGUACUGCAACUCUCAAUCCCACUCGUAUCGACCUGUUGCCCUUCUGGAUGCCUCAGAUGGAUGUCGACAUCCGCAAGCCUGUAUCACAUCGUUUCGGUAUCGAACGCCCUGGCCAAAGUACGGAUAUUUCCACCAGUGGCCAAAUGGACGACGAUACUGAUGACGAGAUGGAGGAUGCUGCCAACCUGCCUGCCGGAGACGAUAAUGAAAACUAUCGUCGUCUAAGGGCCGCCAGAGAUGCUCUUGAGCAGCACGAAAUCGCCCAGCGCAUGGAUUAUGGCACCACUAACGGCGGUGCUGAUCCCAACUCGCUUGACGAAGAAGAACGUCUGGCCGCCAGACCCCUCGCAGACGAAGAUGACUACCCGCUUUACGACAGCGACGAUGAGGAUGAUGACCUCGAGGAGGCCAAGCGUAUCGGCGGCUGGACAUACCGUCGCAAGCUGUUGGCAAACUACGCUGACAAGGUCGGCGACAAGUUAGCGAGCGCUUUCAGACUUGCGGCACCCAAGCCCACUACUAUGCCCUCCAACGGCAAUGCUUCCAUGGGGAUCCCAAGCGCGAGGAACAACGACCAGAUUCGAGAGAAGCGGUACAAGGCACCAAAGGGUAAAAAGAUUCACGUACCCGUGCGUGUCGAGCCCAAGGUCUUCUUCGCAGCCGAGAGAACGUUCUUGUCAUGGCUUGAGUUCAGCAUCAUCAUUGGCAGUAUCGCUGCCACCCUCCUCAACUUUGGUGACACCGCCGCCUUGGCUUCUGCCUGGGCCUUUACCAUUGUCGCCUUGUUCGCAAUCUGUUACAGCAUGGGACUCUACCUCUACCGUGUGCAAUCGAUCCGCAGUCGUCGCGCCAUCACAUACCAUGAUAGAUGGGGCCCUAGCGCAUUGUGCGUUCUUUUGUUUGCCGCAGUAACCGUAUCUUUUGCGUACAGAUUCACACAUGGUAGCGAAGGUGGUCUGAAAGGAGACAUCAAGGGAUAA